GUCUCAGUAGCCGUUAGUGAGUUAUGCAGGUGGACAGAUGAGUUUAGGUUAGUUACAGUACUGUGUCCAGGUUAGAUGUUCUAAUUCUAACGUUAGUUUAGCUGUAGGUGUCACUUAUAUAACUGAUAUAAAUACGUUUGGAUUGUAUUUUCCUCCGGAGGACAUCAUACGUGAAGGUGUGUGGUCAUGGCUCUGGCGUCUCCAUGUGGGAUUCUGUCUGAUGAGGAAGAGUGUGGAGCUGUUUUUGAGUCCACAGCUGCUGAUAUUGGAGCUCUCAUGAGAUCUCAGCGCUUUGUGUCUCCUCUGCCGGAGAUCUCCGUCAUCACUCCUGCUGCAGAUUCCCGUACACCCACUCAAGAGACAAAGCCUGAUGUGAGUAGGAGAGGCAGCGCUGAUGAUGGAUCAGACAAGUUGAAGGUUUUCCUGCGGAUCCGUCCUCUUACUGAAGUGGAGAAGGAGCAGGGAGAGGAGCAGGGUUGUGUGAAUGUGCAGUCCGAGGACAGUCUGCUUCUGCGAGCGCCCAAAGACUCCCGCAACAUGAAGAGUGCAGAGAGAGGAGUCGCUCAGAGCCUGCACAAGUUCACCUUCACAAAGAUUUUUGGACCGCAGACGUCUCAGCAGGAGGUGUAUGAUCACACCAUACGGGAGAUGGUGCGAGAUGUUCUGCGUGGAGAAAACCGCCUCCUCUACACUUACGGUGUGACCAACUCAGGCAAAACCUACACCAUACAGGGUGCAGGUGGAGAGGCGGGUCUGCUGCCGCGGGCGUUAGUCUCUGUGUUCCUGAAGCUGUCUGGACGGCUGUACUCCGCCAUGGACCUCAAGCCUGUACUGAGCCAGGAGGUCCGUAAACUGGACGCCGGAGAGGUCCGUGCUGAAGAAAUGCGUCGUGAUGCUUUGCUGAAAGAGGAUGAGAGCACAGGUGGACAUCAGUCCAGGCUGCGAGCAGGUUUGUCCUGGGACAGCGGCAUCAGCGGACUCUCGGCCACCAGUCACAUCGCCACACAGCUGGAGGACUCCGAUGGCGUGUGUUUGGAGGCGAAUGGCCUGUGUCUCAGCGGUGGGGAGGAUCUCGAGGAGGGUGUGCAGUUCUCGGUCUGGGUCUCGUUUUAUGAGAUCUACAACGAGUUUCUUUACGAUCUCCUGGACGCUCCGCCUUCACUUCAGUACCGCAAGAGAGCCACGCUACGCCUCAGCGAUGACAAACAUGGAAAUCCUUACGUAAAGGAUCUGACCUGGAUUCAGGUCCAAAGUGCAGAAGAGGCCUGGAAGGUGCUUAAAGUUGGACAACGCAACCAGAGUUUUGCCAGCACUCACCUCAACCAAAACUCCAGCCGCAGCCACAGUAUCUUUACUAUCCGUGUUCUACAUGUCAAGCCACAAGCGGCGCUGGGACAGGUGACCAGAAUCAGCGAGCUGUCUGUGUGUGAUUUGGCAGGAUCUGAACGCUGUAAAGCCCAGCAGAACGGCGAGAGAAUGAAAGAGGCAAACAACAUCAACACCUCUCUGCUGACGCUGGGCCGCUGCAUCACUGCUCUCAGACACAAUCAGACCAACAAGUCUCGUCCUCCGCUGGUCGUUCCGUUCAGAGACAGCAAGUUAACCAGAGUCCUGCAGAGUUUCUUCUGCGGUCACGGGCGCUCCUGCAUGGUGGUCAACAUCAACCCCUGCGCCUCCACCUACGACGAGACGCUCCAAGCGCUCAAGUUCUCUGCCAUCGCCACACAGCUGGUGCACGGCCCGUGCAGUAAGACGCGUGUGGCCUACAUCCUGUCGCUGCUUCGUGAGCAGCCAACGCACCCCAACGACACCACGUUACUGGAGGAGGAUGAGGAAGAGAGUGACGAGGAAGGAGACAUCACCAUGUUUGAUCCUGAAGCGCUGCUGAAGGCCAUCGAUGUUCUGAAGCGUGAGGUGCUGCGUCAGCGGCAGGAGAAAGAGGAGCUGGAGGCCAUGGUUCGAGAGGAGGUCUGCACUGAGAUGAUGGAGGUCAUCAACCGCAUGCAGGAUGACUUCAGCGAGACUCUGGAAACCGAGAGGGAUCUGAUGGAGAAGAGAUGCGAGAACAAAAUUAACAACUUGAAGAACAGCCUGAAGAAAUAUUAUAGUCAAGAGCUGGAGGAGCGAGACGAGGAGAUCCGGGAGCUCACUGCUGCUCUGAAGGAGAAGGAAGAGGGUCAUAUCGCUCCAGCUCCCAUUUUCCCUCCUCUGAGUGAUGCCAACGGCCCACGGCGCUCACGGCGUUUGGCUUCAACACACAGGCGAGACACGGAUCACGAGAGCGUGGAGCUCAUGCAGUGUAAAGCCGAGCUGGAGCAGUGCAAAGCUGAACUGGACCUGAAACAGACGGAACUGUGCCUGAAAACGCUUGAACUGAAGCGUUUCCAGGAGAACCAGUCGGUGACGGGCGCCACAGGAACCCUGACCACCACCGCUGAGCGCAAACUGCAGGAGGGACAGAGGAACCUGAAGCAGCUGCGGACGGAGCUCCAGCUGUUGGGCGUGAAGCUGCAGUCUGGAGAACGAGCGUGCUGCCGCAACACCGACGGAGAGAAACUCCGAAACGCGCUCUCCUCCGCAGACAGCAAACUCGUCAAACAGGAUCAGAUGCUGGUGGAGCUGCACACCAGUCUCCAGCUGGUCAAAGCAGACCUGCGCAGGAAAGACGAGCUCCUGGCGCAGCUACAGAGCAGCCAGCCUCCUCCGGCGCCCGCCGCGCCCGGCUCCUGCAAGAAGAGGGGCUGCGGGGUGGCCGUGGCAUACGUGGAGAACCAGCCUCCUGAGAAACGACGCUUCUUCCACUCAAUCUUCCCGUCCCGCACGCCCUCGAGACAGACCCGGCAGCGGCCCGACGCCGGCACGCCGUACGCCCGCGUGUUACGCUCACGCCAGCCGUCCCCGCCGUCCACUCCCAUACAGCUCCGAUUCAAAUAUUAGGAGCUCAACAGCGUCCUCUGACAACCAAGAGCUUUUAUACCUUGCAGUUUUUAUAUUUCUGUCUUUAACAUAAUCAGGUGGCUGUUUGACAUGCAAAUGGGCCUUAUUUUAUGGGAAUUUUUUACAUUUUAUAUAGGGGUUCAGUUUUGUGUUCAAGGGUUUCUAUUGAGAGACUCAUUUAAAAUGAACAUUUAAAACCUACUUUAUUUUCUCUAGGUGCUGUUUUUUGUAUAUUGCAAAAACCAAAACAAGAGCAAUAGUAACCUGCAUUCCAGUUGUUCCUCAAAUGUAUUUUAUACAUAAAUCUGAGCAUUCUAAUUCAUCUUAAAAUCUUUAAUGGUUGCUGCUUUAUCUGUUUGAAAGUGAGAUUGUUUAAGAAUUCAGUGUUAUUGUCACCAGAUACACACGUGUAAAUCUUUUUCUUUUAGCCUGUUUGUAAGUGGCCAGUUGCUGAUUUCAUCACUGCGUCGGCUGCUCUUUUGCACAUUUUGCAUGAGUUUGUGAAAGGUUGGUGUGGUUAGAGAUGUUUGUUUGUCUGUCACUUUUGAAUGUCUUUCCACUGUAUAUUCAAGCCUAAAAUGGGUGCGUUUUGUAAUAAAACACUCAACUGUCAA